AUGGGUCUCCUUACCCUCGUCGAGGACCGACCGACACCCAAGGCCGUGUACAACUGGCGCGUUUAUACAGCAGCGUGUGUUGCAUCAUGGGCAUCAUGCAUGAUCGGAUAUGAUUCUGCCUUCAUUGGCACGACACUGGCACUUCCUUCCUUCGUCAAGGAGUUCCGCCUCGCAGCAACACAAAUGCCUCCUGCGGAGCUGGCAUUGACCAAGGCCAACAUCGUCUCUGUCUACCAGGCAGGCGCCUUCUUUGGCGCGCUCGGCGCAUAUAUUUCAAGUCACUACUUGGGCAGGAAGAUGUCGCUGAUCUUCUGGACGACUAUUUUCAUGAUUGGUGCCGGUAUGAUGCUUGGAGCCAAUGGAGACCGAGGACUCGGUUUGAUCAUCGGCGGUCGCGUGCUUGCUGGCCUUGGAGUUGGUGGUUGCUCGAACAUGGUGCCUAUCUACAUCUCUGAGCUCAGUCCCCCAGCAUGGCAAAUUCCUUUCGCCAUCCAACUUGUGCCUGCCGGAUGUCUUUUGAUGGGCGCAUUUUGGCUCAAAGAGUCACCCAGAUGGCUCUUCGCCAACGGUAAACGCGAACAAGCAAUGAAGAACCUUUGUUGGAUUCGAGGUGACCUACCCGCCGAUCACCCUUACAUCCUGGAAGAGAUUGAGGCCAUUGACGCGCAAGUUGAGUACGAUCGUAUCCACGUCGGAGCUGGUUUCUGGAAACCAUUCCUUGCACUGAAGCAGAAGAAAGUGGCGAUUCGCUUCAUCUUGGGAGGCGGUCUCUUCAUGUGGCAGAAUGGGUCUGGUGGUGUUGUGAAGACCGUCGUUACUUUCAUCUGGCUUCUCUGGCUUAUCGACAACCUUGGUCGCACUAAGCUCUUGAUGAUUGGUGCUGCUGGAGGUUCGCUCUGCAUGUGGUACAUUGCAGCAUACAUCAAGAUUGCCGACCCAGGUAGCAAUGCCAGCGGGUCUGGAGGCCUCUCAUCUGGAGGUAUUUCCGCCAUCUUCUUCUUCUACCUCUGGACUGUGUUCUACACACCUUCGUGGAACGGUACACCUUGGGUCAUCAACUCUGAGAUGUACUCUCAGCAGACCCGCUCAUUGGGACAAGCGUUCGCUGCUGCGAACAACUGGUUCUGGAACUUCCUCAUCUCUCGCUUCACACCUCAGAUGUUCCUCAAGAUGUCGUACGGUGUUUACAUGUUCUUCGCAUGCUUGAUGCUGCUGUCCAUCCCAUAUGUCUACUUCCUCAUCCCCGAGACCAAGGGUAUCCCUCUCGAGAAGAUGGAUGAGCUGUUCGAGAUCAGGCCUACUCACAAGGCCCACAAGAUCAUGCUACAGAGGUUGGAGGAAGUGGAACAUGAGGACUUGAGCUACGGCUCCGAGAAGCCAAAGGCUGAUGAGCGCGUAGAGAGCGUUUAG